AUCUGUAAUACUCCUCACUUCACUUCUCUACAUCAAAUUAUCCAAACCCCACUUUCCAAAAUCUCCAAAAAAAUCAUCAAAAAUCCAAAAUUUGUUCAAAAGAUCAAGAAACAGAAAAUGGGGUUCAACAAUUAUUACUCAGAUUCAACUGAUCAACCCCAUCACAAAACUCACAAAAUCUUCCUUUUUUGUAACUACAUUCUUCUUGGUGCAGCUUCUAGCUGCAUUUUUUUGACUCUUUCGCUUCGUUUAAUCCCGUCCCUCUACGGGUUCUUCUUCAUCCUCCUCCACAUCCUCACUAUUGGUGGCGCAGUCUUUGGGUGCGCCACAGUGUCAGCACCUGAGGGUGCUGGCAAAUGGUACGGAGCCCACAUGGUAUCGUCUGUACUGACAGCGAUAUUCCAGGGCUCCGUAUUCGUGUUGAUCUUCACGAAAACGGGGGAUUUUCUCGGGCAUUUGAAUUCGUAUGUGAGGGAAGAAGAUGGUGUUGUGAUCUUGAGAUUGGCUGGUGGAUUGUGUGCUUUGAUCUUUUGUCUUGAAUGGGUUGUGCUCACACUUGCAUUUAUCUUGAAGUAUUAUGCUUACGUUGAUGGAAAUAAUGGAAAUGUUGCAAUGGGGAACAGAGCUAAGGUUCAGGAUGAUGCAUAUGUCAAGAAUUGGCAGCCUUUUCAAGUUUAAGUGAAACAUUAGCUGUUAUUUUUGGAAAUGUAAACUUUUAUUUGCUAAUUCAUUCAUUUAUUUGGUUUGUUGUUGUAAUUGGUUGGACUUUCCUUUUGAAGGUUCAUUAUAUGAAUAUGUGUACUUUUCUAAUGAGGAAAUUGAAAUUAUGCAA